GGUUUUCUUAAUCAAGAAGUACUACGAAUUAUUUUGUUUUCAAAGCCUGUUUUAUUCACAAAACGCAAUAUACUUAAAUCUUAUAUUCAUUUCAUGAUGUCAGUGCAAUUUUUAUGGCAUUUAAAAGGGCUCAUAAUGUUAACAAUUUCAUACAGCAUUACUAACCAAUGAUUUCGUUUUUGUAAUCAGGAUGUCGAAACUUGGAGAUCAAAUAAAAAAUGAAUUAGAGAAUUUUGGACUAGAAACGCCGGAAGAUGACGUCAUGACAAAGUUGACAGGGAUGUGCUCCACUUUAGCCAUCAAUCCGUCAGAUUUCGCAGACGAGUGGAUGGCAUUCUCCAUCAACAAUUGUAAUUUAGAUUUGGACAUGGAAGGAAUAAGCAAGUUUGAGAUGUUCAAGAUGACGAAAAUGAACCAGUCUCCUGCUGUAAAGAAAGAAAGGAAGAGCAUUAAACUGAACGCAACGACCCAUAUCGGAGAUCUGUUUGAUGAUAUCCUGGACGCUUACAUUCCUGAAUCUUCGCCCGUCAGGACCUCACAGUCACAGAAAAGGCCGCUAGAAAAUCCUGGUUCAUUCCGUGUACCGAAAGUCAGUAAAACUCCUACCCGUGCCCCACGUACGCAAUCGAGAACUAACAGUUCCCUACCUUGUUCUCUUUCUCCCAUCAACGCCUCACCUUCUCAGACAUACAGCCAAAGAAAGGGCUCAGGAGAUAUAGUGAACACGUUUAACGAAGGAGGAUUAGAUCCGGUAACGGAUUGGUCCGGACAGGGUGGUGGUGUUAAGAUCACCCUCCCCUCCUCUGCUCUUACCAAACCAUACCAGUAUAUGUUCCAGAAGCUAUCAGCCAAAGCAGAGUCACUGGACGAGCAUCUGGAUAUUAUGGGUGAGAUGUUGGCGACACACCACGGGGUUCAGUUUGAGAACCUGGCUAAACCUUCUCAAGGGGAGUGUCGAGUGGUGGGCAGGGUCUGCUGUGAUUCAACUGGUAAAAUGAACGCAUCCUCGGUUGUCCUGGAGGGAUCCCUUGAUGUGAGUUAUGGAAAGAGAGUCUCGGUUGAUCUGCGAGCUUUGGACAAAUACGCGCUCUUUCCUGGGCAGAUAGUGGCUCUUGAGGGUACUAACCCAUCUGGACGCAAGUUCAUCCCAACUAAGAUUCUGGAUCCUGUGCCACUAAAAAAGAAAGUGAUAACUUCAGACAAGCCUGUAACUAUAUUCGGAGCCUGUGGUCCCUACAGUUCUCAAGACAGUCUCUCUUAUGAACCCCUAGCAGAUCUCCUUACGAAAGUAAAAGAAGAACUCCCGGACGUGUUGAUACUGCUGGGCCCCUUUGUGGACGUCAAACACCCCCAAGUAGAGAAGUGUGAUGUGGGGGAGAUGACGUUGGAGGAGCUGUUCGAGAGUCAGAUUAGACACAUUCAGCAGAACAUACCUGAUUCUACUCAUUUGGUAAUAGUACCCUCACAACGUGAUGCAGCCUGUAACUUUGUCUACCCUCAACCUCCACCAGACAUGAAAAUAACCUCACCCACUGUCACCUUCGCUGCUGACCCCUGUGUACUGGAGGUUAACGGCGUCUCUCUAGCUAUGACUAGCACUGAUGUUUUGUUUCAUCUGAGUUCCGAGGAGAUCUCACACCCUCCCGGAUCUGAUAGAAUGGGUCGACUAGCUGGACACUUGCUACAUCAACAAACCUUCUACCCUCUGCACCCUUCAUCUGAAGAUGUAAACAUUGAUUACCCACAUUUCAUCAAACAUGCUUUCUUCGAGUCAAAACCCAAUAUUCUGUUGAUACCCUCAGAUUUAAGGUAUUUUGUGAAGAAUGUACAAGAUACUGUUGUGAUUAAUCCGGGAAAGUUAGCGAAAGGUUCGGGGACUUAUUUCAAGUUAUACGUGAAAGGCUCCGAACAGAUUACUAACUCUACUUUCGUCAAUAUUGUUAAGAUUUGAACACAGAUUUGUUUUUAACUUUAGAUAAGUUUUAAUAUGAUUUUGUUGCUUAAUGUUUGGACAGAGGUUUUUAAUCUUGUAAUUGUCGCAUGAGAUGCAAUAUUUAUAUUUGAGAAUUGAAGCCCUCCGGCGAAUUAAUAUGAAUGUCGGACCGCGUUUUAAAGCAGGUAAGAUUGGGGCUAAAUGCGCGUUACUUAACAAUUUUUGGCGGUUUAUUUAAUCUGUCUUUGUAAAUAUUUAUUACAUAUUUUAUUAGAAUUUGAAUUGUAUGCAGAGUACUAUUUCUAUAUACUUAAUUCGACUAUUCGAGCGUUUGAAUUUUCCGUGCAGCUUCUGCCUCACCUAU